AUGACUAGCAAUACUGAAACAUUGUACAAAAACUACACAAGCAACAUUCCUGAAAUUGUCCUCCAAGGAUUCACAGGAAUCCCUGAUGUUUAUAAUGGAUUGGUAGGAACAUUUUUCUUCUUCAUUUAUCUUAUGCUGGCAUCGGGUAACAUUUUCAUCCUUGUAUUCGUGGCAUGUGAAAAAAGUCUGCAGAAGCCAACGUACAUCAUCUUCUGUAAUCUUGCACUAUCAGAUCUUGGAUUUGGAACUACAACUCUACCUAGAAUUAUGGCUAGGUACUGGAUGUCACAGAAGAUCAUGUCAUUCAAUGCUUGUUUAACACAAAUGUUCUUUGUUCAUUACUUUGGGGCUUGCAGCUCAUUUUUAAUGGCGUUAAUGGCCCUUGAUCGAUUUGUUGCCAUAUGCAACCCACUGAGGUAUCCCGUUCUGAUUAAGAAUUCCACUAUUGCGAUUCUUUGUUCAGUGCUUUGGAUAGGAAACCUUGUCCAGCUUUGUGUAAUUGUUUUACUUACCCUCAGUGUGCCCUAUUGUGGCCCAAAUAUUAUAAAUCAGUGCUACUGUGACUUUAUUUCAAUAACUAAUCUAGCAUGUGCAGACAUAACAGUCAUCAAAACCACUAGUACAUCUAUUGCUAUGACAGUGCUGUGGGGUCCUUUAUUUUAUAUUAUUUUUUCUUAUGUGGCUAUCAUUAUAUCUGUAAUGAAAAUCUCAAAUAAAGAGGGAAGAUAUAAAACUUUCUUAACAUGUACUCCACAGCUGUUAAUCAUCUGUCUGUACUAUCUUCCCAGAAGUUUUGUGUAUGUUGCAUUUGUUAUUGGGUUUCAUUUUGAAACAAACCUUCGUGUUGCAUUGGUAAUGAUGUACAGCCUUUUCCCAACCCUCAUCAAUCCACUUAUAUACUGCUUUAGGACAAAAGAAAUUAAAGACACAUUAUUGAGAAAAUGUAAGCAAAGACAGACAAGGGUAAAAUAA